AUGGUGCUCUCCACCCGCUGGCGCUGCGUCUGGGCGGCGACCCCGCUCCUCGUCGACGACGCUCACCUCCGGGCCGCCGACGGGCUCUGCGAGUUCCGCGCCGUCCGCGCCGUCUCCCGCCGCGUGGCCGCUCACCCGGGCCCCGUCGUCGCCGCGCGCGUCACCCGCCUCUCCUUCGACCAGCAGGAGUACGCGCUUCAGCAGCUGAUUGCCAACCUUGCCGCGAGGAACAUCCAGGACCUCAUCCUCUUCAACCGCCCCUGGCCGCUCGACCUGCCGCUCCCCGACGAUAUCCUCAGCUGCGCCUCCCUCACCCGCCUCUACAUCGGUCUCUGGCGAUGGCGCUUCCCAGACACGACCGCCAACUCGCCUGCCUUCCCCAACCUUCAGGAGCUCGGCCUUUUCCACACCAUCAUCAAGGACACGGAAGUCGAUGCCUUGCUCGCGCAUUGCCCCAAGCUGAAGAUCCUCUCCUUUGCCAUGGCGUACAGCUUCCCUUCUUGCCUCCGCAUCAGGUCCCGCAGCCUCCGUAUCGUGGUCGAAUGGUUAUGCAGCUUCGAUGAAGUCAUCGUUGAGGAUGCACCCUGCCUGGAGCGCCUGUUCUUCGAAAGCUUUGCCGACCGGAGUCCCGUCAAGAUUGUCCACGCACCCCGGCUGGAGGUGCUCGGUUUCUUAGACCUCCAGCUCCACGUGCUCGAGAUUGGCGGCAUUGUGAUCAGGGCUGGGAUGAAUGUGAGAGCCAGUGCCAUGCUGCCAAGUUUGAAGAUACUGGCUGUCAAGGUGCGGUUUUCGCAUGCAGCGGAGGCUAAGAUGCUGCACACUCUACUCAGAUGCUUUCCUCGCCUUCAGACGCUUCAUGUCAUGUUCCAGUCCAUUGGAUCCAGGUCACCUGAUAGUGUUGAUCGUGCUGACUUCUGGCAGUCCAUGGGCACAUGCGAUUGCCUUGAAUCUCAUCUGGAGACGCUUGUCCUCCACGGCUUCCAGGGCCUUGAAUGUGAGCAGCUGUUCGUCAGUUACAUACUGGAGAAGGGGAAGGUGCUUAAGACCCUGAGCGUUGUUUAUGUUGACAGUGAGGAUGUAGGAGUAGAGGAAGGCCCCAUCUCAGGUUCUGUUGAUGAGAGCAAUGUGUCAUCUGGUGGAAGAAGUAGCAGUGAUGAUGUGGUAAUGGAGGGAGGCAUGAUGUCAGGUUCUGUUGAUGAGGGCGAUAUAUCAUCAGGUGGAAGCAGUAGCAGUGAUGAUGUGGUAAUGGAGGGAGGUCCGAUGUCAGGUUCCAUUGGUGAGGGCAGUGCGCCAUCAGGUGGAAGCAGUGGCAAUGAUAUGAUUUAUUUUUGUCCGUCCGCCUCUUGCUGGAGCUUUCAGAACGCCAUUGACUUGUCAGUGGAGGAUCCUUUCUGCGUGUUGUUGAGGCAGGCCCGGAUCACUUCUGCUGUUGCGGCACGAGACGGUGUGCGAAUUUCUGUUUUUGAUGAUGGUGCUUAUGAUGGCCGUAUUUUGACGCUUCUCUAG